AUGGCGAAAGACCGGUUUCGCGAAAGACCACAUAACCAAAUCCGGAAAUGUCGAAUCAGCAGUUAUGGUGGUGUGCUGUGUUACUGGAUAGCUGGAGAUUCAGAUUCCAUAGGCUGUCUGCCCUGCCCUCUUGAAGAAUGGCCCAAUGAAAAGAAGGAUAAAUGUAUUCAGAGAGCUACAGAAUUUCUGUCCUAUGAUGAUCCCUUGAGUAUUGCUUUAACCUCCAUCAUAGUUAUGGGUUUGUUUCUUACAGUUACGAUCCUGAUUAUAUUUAUCAGGUUUAAUGACACCCCUAUUGUGAAGGCCAAUAAUCGGAACCUCAGUUAUCUGCUCCUCAUAACUCUUAUGGUCUGUUUCCUGUGCUCUUUUAUUUUUAUUGGAUACCCUAAUGGACUGACCUGUAGACUUCGUCAAGCUGUGUUUGGUAUAUCAUUUGUUCUUUCUGUCUCUUGUGUACUUGCUAAAACUAUUAUGGUAGUUGUUGCCUUCAAUGCAACCAAACCCAACAGCAAGUUCAAAGGAUGGGUGGGACCACAACUGUCUUACACACUUGUGUCACUGUGCACACUUGCUCAGCUUAUUAUAUGUGUCACUUGGAUUGCUUGGUCUUCUCCAUUUCCAGAACAGAACUUUAAAUCCCAGCCUGGCUUGAUAAUUAUUGAAUGUAAUGAAGGUUCAACCACUGCAUUCUGGUGCAUGCUGGGAUACAUGGGUGUACUGGCUGGUAUCUGUUUUAUAGUUGCAUUCCUGUCUAGAAACCUACCAGACAGCUUUAAUGAGGCCAAGUUUAUCUCUUUCAGCAUGGUUGUGUUUGUUAGUGUCUGGCUGGGAUUUAUCCCAGCAUACCUCAGUACUAAGGGUAAAUAUAUGGUAGCAGUAGAGUUAUUUGCUAUCAUUGCUUCAAGUGCUGGCCUGCUUGUCUGUAUAUUUUUCCCAAAGUGCUUUAUAAUUUUAUUUAGACCCAAUUUAAAUACAAAGACAUAUUUGAAGACCAGAGGAACACAGAACAGAUGA